AUGGCUACUACACCUACUCUACCGACACAGGCCGACUUGCUUCAGCGAUGGGGCGGCAGAGACAUUGCGGACUUGCCCAAACCCGCCGCUGUGAUUGACAGAGCAAUCACUCUCGAAAUCGCCAAGUUGCAACUGGAUAAGGAGAGCCAGGCUCCCAAAUUCAUCGCUUCAACACUAUUGGAGAUUGAAACCCUAACCCGGUUUCUCGCUGGUCUGAAGCAAGCUGGCCGGAGCCCUAACAUCCUGUAUGGCAUUCCCCUCGUGCCAUCCCACAUUACCCGGCUGGCGGAAUUGGCCGCGGAAAUCGGCGAGGAAAGCGUCACCGUGAUGAUCGACCACCCAGACCAGGUCCAGUACCUGAAGGAAUUCUCCGCCAAAACCAAUUUCCCGGUCUGCGUCUUUGUCAAGGUAGAUACCGGAUAUCACCGCGCAGGUCUACCGCCGAUCUCCCUGAACAAAAACGGACUUCUGGAAAAGCUCGCCGAAGCCGAAGAAGCGGGCCACGCAAAAUUACUUGGCCUCUACUCACACUCCAGUCUCAGCUAUGGCGCGACAAACGCCGAUGAGGCGAUGGAAUAUCUCAUCGGCGAGAUCCAGGGUUGCAAGGUCGCUUUGAACAAGUGGCUGCAUCUCCUCCCGAAGAACCGGGAACUGGUUAUCAGCGUUGGCGCGACACCCCAGGCUAUUUCCUCGUAUAAUUUGGUGCAAGGUGACGCUUCUGCAAAGGCGGAGGAACUUCGCGCUCUACUGCGACAGCCAAGUGCAGAACAGAGCGAGGCGCAGGUGAAGAUCGAAUUGCACGCGGGUAACUACCCCGUUCUGGAUAUGCAGCAAGUUUCCACGCAUGCACGUAAUGGUGCCGGUGGGCUUGAGGAAGAGAUUGCGAUGUCUGUUGUUGCCGAGGUCUGCAGCGUGUAUAAUGACGGUGAACGAGAGAAACCAGAGGCGCUUGUUGCGGCCGGUACAUUGGCGUUGGGUCGUGAGCCUUGCGCCGCUUAUUCUGGAUGGGGCAUCCUCUCGAACUGGAGACAGACUGGUGACGCUGAGUCUGGCGCAUCGCGGCUGAUGGUUGAGCGGAUUAGCCAGGAGCAUUCGAUUAUUUCUUGGGAAAUGGCUGCGCAGGAGAGCAUUCCUUUGCAGGUUGGACAGAUUGUUAAGAUCUAUCCUAACCACUCUUGCGUGACGGGUGCGUUCUAUGGGUUCUAUUUCGUUAUCGACUCGUCCCUGGAUGAGGCUUCUAGAGUGGUUGAUAUCUGGGUUCGUGGUCGGGGUGGUGAGGUUACGGAUCCUCUGACCUUGACUAGAUUUCAGUGA